CCAAGAAAUUAGGUUAGGACUGAAAAAUUAUUAUUGCGUUUCAGAAUUUAUUCGUAAUUGUUAACACAUAGUACAAUUUAUUACACAUAAUAGAUAAUACUAUAUCAAUCAAAUAUUAAAAUGUUGCGAAUUGGUUUGAGAAUUAUGCGCACUGCUAUAGGAAGCAGAGCUUUUGCAAAUGCACCGGCUCAAGAACAAGCAAUCUCAACAACUUUCAAAGUUCAAGAUCCAAAAGACUUUAAUAAUCGUGUUAAAAAUUCUAAAGUGCCAGUGAUCGUUGAUUUUUUCGCAACAUGGUGCAAUCCUUGUCGCAUGCUUACUCCUCGCAUAGAAUCUGUAAUUGCGGAAAAACAAGGAAAAGUUUUAUUGGCAAAAGUUGAUAUUGAUGAGAAUAGUGAUCUUGCAUUGGAUUAUGAGGUUGGAUCUGUUCCAGUCUUAAUUGCAAUGAAAGACGGAAAGGUUUUAGAUAGAAUUGUUGGUCUUCAGGAUGUAGAUAAACUUAAACAAUUUGUAGAUAAGUAUUCAGAAUAAUGUAAUCUAUUUUAAUUGUAAUUUUUUUAUGAAAUGAUUUGUAGUUAUUGGGAUAUUUGUAUAAUAUUAUAUGGUAAAAAAUGUACAAUGCAAUAUAUAAGUUUUUAAUUAUAACAUAUAUCUCU